AAAGAUGUAAAGAUGUUUUGAUUUCGUGAAAGAUUUGUUUAUCAUUUAGUGAGCUGGUUUAUAAUUCGGUAUUUUCUAAAUCAAUGAUCUUAAGGAACAGGUCGUGUCGUCGAAAACCUGUCCUUUACCAUUAUUUCCUUAAACGCGUUAGGGAAAUAUCUGUUUUUAAAUUUACAUUUUUCUGUUUUCAAACAAACUGAAGCUCAUUGAAGGACGCGGUUGGUGAAUUCUAGAAACGUCAAAUUGAUCAUAAUUAAACGUAAACAAAAUGUCGGAAAGAAAGGUCUUGAAUAAAUACAUUCCACCGGACUAUGAUCCCUCAAUCCCCCCUCCAAAAAAGAAGAAAAACCAUGGGCCUAAUGGAGGAAGAACGACCGUGCGUCUGAUGUUGCCUUUCUCAAUGAAAUGCCAUACGUGUGGUGAAUACAUUUACAAAGGAAAGAAGUUCAAUGCUCGAAAAGAAAAGACUGGAGAAAAAUACUUUUCGAUUGAUAUUCUAAGGUUUUACAUUCGGUGUACCCGAUGUGCAGCAGAAAUUACUUUUGUCACUGAUCCUAAACAUGCCGAUUAUGCCGCAGAAAGAGGUGCGUCUAGAAAUUUUGAGCCUUGGAGAGAGGAAAAAUUACAAGCCUAUGAGGAGAGUGAAUUAAAUGAAAGUGGCGCUUUACCUGAAGAGGAUGAAAUGGAAAAAUUAGAACAACGGACAAUGGAUACCAAGAGGCAAAUGCAAAUGAGUGAUGCUCUUGAUGAUUUACGAGAGAGAAGCACAAAACGCUCAAGGGUAAAUGUUGAUGAUGCCAUCACAUUGUUGCGCGAUGAUUCUUAUGGCACAAUGGACAACGACGAGCGUCUGCGGCAAGAGCAAGAAGAAAAAGAAAUUGAAAAGGAAGCUCAGUCAUUGUUUACUUCUCAAGAUGGAGAGUUGGUUCGUAGGAUUUCUCCCGAUGAACCGAAAGAAGUUCCAAAAACAGUCGGGCGUGUUUCCCCAACAUUGCCGACAUCUCAGCUUCCAAAGUUUCAGGCCCCUAAACGAGCUGAAAGACGAAAAGUCGAGAAAAAGAAAGUUGUGGUCUAAUUCAUUUUUUACGUUUUUUAUAUUUAUUUAUUGUCUUUCUUUCGCCCUGUACUUUUAAUUGAAUUUUUGCGGCUGCACUUCUACUUUCUUUCUUAUUCAUUGUGAUUCCGCGUUUCUCUUCCUGUUCAAGAACGUUACAUUGCUAAUCGUAAUCAUGUGUACGCCUAUUACUUCUUAACGUUAUUAACUCCUUCUUGGUCUCUUGUCAUAUUCGCCUGUAAUUAGUCGUUUAAGUGGAUACAAAAAUAAAACUUUAUAAUAUGUCGAUAUUUACUUUUUCUUUAAUAUUACGAUGUUUGGUUGUUAGUAUUUUAUUAUUUUCCUAGUUUUGAAGACAUAAAUUCAUGCCAUAUAGCUGGUAACCAAAAGAAGUCUACACAGAUAAAAAUUAUUUACAAAAUUAUUAAUUUCAAUAUAUGUAUAUGUAGUUUGU